GGAGAGGCAGAAGGAGGCUGAGAGGAGAUGGUAUUACAGAGCUGCCAUCUGAUUGGCUGGACUGUCUUGGCUGGGCUAUAAAUGAGACCCUACAGGCUUGGGAGGGAGAAGCUCAGAGGAUUCUGACAGUAUCUUUACCGGAGAAAAGGCAAAGUGUGCUCAGAACAGAAGCCACAGCUCUUCCUGCUGCAUUUCUUUCCUAACGUGAAUCCCACACUACACAAGAUGUGCAAAGGACUUGCAGGUCUGCCGGCUUCUUGCUUGAGGAGUGCAAAAGAUAUGAAACAUCGGCUCGGUUUCUUGCUGCAGAAGUCUGAUUCCUGUGAACAUAAUUCUUCCCACAGCAAGAGGGACAAAGUGGUGAUUUGUCAGAGGGUGAGCCAAGAGGAAGUCAAAAAGUGGGCUGAAUCACUGGAAAACCUGAUUAGUCAUGAAUGUGGACUGGCCGCUUUCAAAGCUUUCUUGAAGUCUGAAUACAGUGAGGAGAACAUUGACUUCUGGAUCAGCUGUGAAGAGUACAAGAAAAUCAAAUCACCCUCUAAACUAAGUCCCAAGGCCAAAAAGAUCUAUAAUGAAUUCAUCUCCGUCCAGGCAACCAAAGAGGUAAACCUGGACUCUUGCACCAGGGAGGAGACAAGUCGUAACAUGCUGGAGCCUACGAUAACCUGCUUUGAUGAGGCUCAGAAGAAGAUUUUCAACCUGAUGGAAAAGGAUUCAUACCGCCGCUUCCUCAAGUCCCGAUUCUAUCUUGAUUUGGCCAACCUUUCCAGCUGUGGGUCAGAGAAGCAGAAAGGAGCCAAAAGUUCUACAGACUGUCCUUCCCUGGUGCCCCAGUGUGCCUAAUUCUUGCUCAGUGGUGGAGGCCGAAAUGCCAAGACUCUAUGCCUGGAAAACCUGAGGCCAAAUAUUGAUCUGUAUUAAGCAUCAGUGCUUUCUUCACAUUGUAGCCUAGUGUUCAUGCUGCUGGCUAUGUGUGAGUCACUCCCAUACAAAAACUAGAUUUUGUUUUGGUGUUCUGGUGUUCAUCAGGGCAGGACCUCAUUCCAGUCCAAUUUUCCCAAAUUCCUUUUAGGGUGCCAUGUGAGCAAGUAUCCAGAUAAUGGCCUUGUGGGUCUGGAUUUUCUCUCCUGCCAACAGUGUGACCUCAGGUUGGUUGGUUGGUGGUUGGGACACUUCAUGUGACAUCCACAGGCACAUGUGUUCUGUUAACCAGCACUUUCUCCAAACUCGAGAUGUUUAGAUGAGGUUGAUCUAUUUUAUGUACAUAUGUGUGUGCAUGUGUGUGUGUCUAUGUAUAUAUAUAUAUACACAUGUACAUAUGUACAUACACACAUUCUGUAUAUAUGUAUGUAUAUAUACAUACAUAUAUAUUUUUGCAAGAAUGGCAGGAAAGACCCUAGGUGCUCAUAACUAGAGUGUGUGUACAUACAUACAUGCGUGUUCUGAUCCCCAGUCUUUCACUCUGCAACUGAACAGGGCAAACUAAACCAGCUGCCCUGCAGGCUAAGAAAGGAAUGCUAACCUGUGGAAAGUUGAUUCUGUAAAACUCCAUGAGUUUUGCUAGAGAAACAUCCCAGGGAUUUCAUGCUUAGUUUGACCACCGACAGCCUCCAAGUUGGAUAGUAUUCUAAGGCGCAAACAUAAAGAAUCUUAUGCCUGCCUGACACGGGGCUGUCUUUAGCUGGUUAUCACUAAUGGCACUUUUGAGUCCCCAAGCUGCUGGCCUCCCCUUCCUCGCUUGGAUGCCUGGUGCAUAAUAGUGGGAGCCAGAUUGGUACGGAGUUGGAGAUGAGGUGCUUGAACAGAAUGAAGAAACUUAGGUAGGGCCUCGCCAGCUCUACCUACUAUAAGAUGCUGGCUGAGUAAGGGCACAGGAUUUAAAGAUUAGCAUUCUUAUCCCCUACUCUUUUUUCCUCUCUUGAUUAAGGUGCUCUUCUCAUUUUGAUUUUCCCUGAGAACUUUAGCCAUCAGAUGAGGCUCCUUAGUUCACUGUGGUUGUUUGUUUCCCCAUAAUGGCUCUAGGCUAUUUGCCUAUUCCUUAUAAACCAGCAUCAGGGGAGAGAUUCUAUUUUAUAAGGGGGGAACAUGUUUUCACAAACUGAAAAGCCCUCAUAAGUUUCUUUUUUGAAGGUAGAAUCUGGUUCAUUCCAUCCCAAACAUCAGGACUCACAGACUGAAGGCAUUUCUUUCUAGGCUCUGAGAUGAGAGAGAAAAGAAAAAAAAAAAGGAAAAA